GCGGCAAAUGUUUGCAACUGUUAGUGCCAACAAAUAAGUUUUUGUGUUUGAACAUAAUUUUUCUGCAUAAAUAUGGCAACUAUAGCACCAAAGGAUGGACCUCCGGAGGUGGUUAAUGCCAGAAGGACAGAGUCUCUUGAUGCCCCACACAUAUUAAGUCUCGUUCAGGACUCUACCAAUACUCUUUUUGGUAGAGUAAAUAUUGUGAAUGUAAUAGAAAAGGCAGUCCUUGCUGUAACACUGUGCAAUGACAGAGAGGAAAUCCUUGGACAUGCUGCUUUUUUUGAUUAUCCAAACACAGAUGUAGACCCAGCCACAUGGGAGACUUGGUUUGAAGACACAUAUGGCAACCAGCAGUGCAAUGCACUAAACUCCCUUUUUAUGCAUUAUUUUGUGGCUAAACCAGAGUAUGCACAUGGCUGUGCAAGAGAGAUAAUUAGAACAGCUUUUAAUGCUGUUCCUGAUAUUCAUUUUCUCUUUCUGAUGGUCCCAAUGGGAGCAUAUCCAGAUUCUGCUCUUGAUGAACUGUUCAAACAAAUGGACAAGAAGGAGGGAUCUCCUGGGGCCGCCAAAGGGGCUGUGUUUGUUUGCCACAGACACAAGCAUGUGCCUGUACUGCAUGUCAGAAAAGCCAGGGUGGAGGACCAUGAUGACUUGACUCCAAUAUUUAAUCGUCAGAGCGACAUGCUUAAGAUGGCCUAUGGAGACUACUUCUUGGCAGAAUUAAUCGAAGCUCAAGAUGAUCACAUGCACUGCCUAGUAGCUGAGGUUGAUGGAACUGCCAUUGGUUUUAUGAGUAUCAGUGAUGAUGUCAAUGUGGACUUACUGAACAACUGUUUUGAGCUUGGGGCACUUCAUGGACUGAGGAAGCCCCACCCAGAUGAUCAAGUGUCUCCACCUGAAACUCCUCCCCCAGAGGCACCCACAGAGGAGGAAAGACCUGGGUCAAAGAUGUCUGAAAAGUCUGCUAGCUCUACAAACAGCAAAACAGAACAAACAGAUGGACAAAACGAAGAAAAGAAACCUGGUAGUCAACAAUCAAGUGGCCAAAACUCCAGAGCUGGAAGUAUGUCAGGUGAUCUUCCAAAAGUCCAAAGUAAACUGAGUGAUGCCCACCUGACAGGGGCCUCAUUAUUGAGUGAUGGGGAGCAGAUGGAGGAGGUGGUCCAUGAUGCUGAGGAUCGGGAAUCACAGGUCUCCAGCAGAAAAAGUUCAAUUAGGGAGGAGACUGUGCAGUCCAGACUAGGAACACCACAGCCUAUCACACCCAUGAGGACACACAAGCGCUUUGUUCCAACUUACAAGGGACCUCUCAAUGCAUUUAGCAUACAACUUUUUUGUAUUGAUGAACGAUACGAAAUGAGAUCAUCAGAUUUUUUGGCUACCUGCUUUUCAUUGUUCCCAGAGCUUAACUUCUGUGUCAUCACUGUACCACAUCUUGUUCCCGAAUUCCCUUUGCUUCAAAGAUUCAUGAGAGUGACCCCAAGAUGUCCAAGCACUUUGUCACAGGAAUUGUACGCCUUCUAUAAGGCUGGCCUGUUAAAAGAUUUCAAAGUGAGACCAGCCAGUACAAAAGACAUGACUGGUGCAGAGAAUCUAGUGAAGAGCAUCCAUCUCAAUGAGAAUAUCCUCAGAGAUUUACAGCAGUUCAACAAAGCCAGGAGAGAUGAGGAUGGAACUGAGAUACAAGCAUUUGUUGCUGAAUGCCAAGGUCAAAUUGUAGGCCUUUCAGUAAUUCGGAGAGAAGAGAAUAUUGAGUAUAUUCGCUCCCAUUAUAACAUUGAAGACUUCAUAUAUUACAAUCAUCAUAAGAGAGAAGACCACGCUCAUCUCCAUCACUUUGCUUUGAACCCAAUAUUUAGUCAUUUAUCUAAGAACUUUAUCAAAGAAAUUUUCCGACAAGGACACAAGACUUGUUUAUAUUAUCCCUUGUAUCCUAGUUAUACACCAAAGGAGACAGUGGAGAAACAUUCUCUGGUGAGUGCUCUUAAUGACAUGGUACCAGUAAGAGCUCGCAGACAGGUUAUUUACCCCCUGGAAAAGCUCGGAAUCAAUGCUCCGUCUGAUCGAGUGCUGAAGGAGAAGGAAUGUUACGCCCUGAAUCACAUCAACAGGAAACUUGUGAUGGAGCCAAAGGUUACAAUAAAUGCAAGAAUAGUUGUAGUGGGAGCAUCAGAUGUUGGAAUUUCAUUUUUGGAGGCACUUGCAUAUUGCCCCCAUCUACGUUUUAACAAUCUGACUUUGAUCUCACCUCACGGCCUGCCUGGGGAGAUGCCUCCUGAUGAACUAAGGGAUCAGAUGUUGGGUCGCUCAUACUGCUAUGAUCAGGACAGUUAUGCCAAAAUAUCCUUAAGGAGCUGGGUCAAUGUAGUAGUGGGUAAAAUGACUGCUUGUGACAGGAAAAAGAAAGUUGUUAUAGUGAAUGGAUCUACAAUGGUUCCUUAUGAUCAUUUAGUUAUGUGCAUGGGACAACAAUACCAAGUUCCUGCCCCCACUGAAGCAGAUAUUGACACAGGGACCACUAACAGUGAGCUGCCCAACUCUCCAGAUAGGCGGUACCUGAAACCGCAACCCAAAAAUCUGUUCACAAUCAAUGACGAGUAUGAUGCUGCAGUGGCUCUAUACUGGAUUGAGAAUUAUUUCCUUAAAUCUAACAAAAAGACCUUAGUGUAUGGCUGUACAUUGGAUGCUUACUGUUGUGUACAGACCCUGUUAGCCAUGGGGAUACCUGGGGAAAAUAUCCAGCUGGUUGAACCACCUGCAAUUUAUCAGUCUACCUGUUUUAAUGACCCCAAGAUUGAUGAAGCUGUGAAACAGGCUCUAGUGUCCAGUGGUGUCCAGGUGCAUUCUGGGUACAUCCUAGCCCAGUGGAAUGAUGGGGAGGAUCCAGCAGAGAUAACAUCAGCUAGCUUUACAUCUGAAAAGAAACCUCUGAGAUUGGAAUGUGGGGCAUUCUUUACAUACUACAAAAGAGCUGUGGACACUGAUGCUUUCAAGGCCAUUAAUGAUGCUUGUCUAGUUUAUGAUGGUAAGCUGGUUAUUGAUGCUGCCUUCCACACCAAUGAUGUAUCAGUCCGAGGGGCAGGAACCAUCACAAAGUACCAGCGCAAAUACCAUGCUGAUCAGUGGAGCCAUGCCAAUUUUAACUCCAAAGAAGUUGGAGUCCAUUUGGCCACUGAAAUGUUGCGACUAUUUGAUCCCACAUUGGACCAGCAGACUGCACCCCCUGAAGAGGCUUUGAAUCUGAUACCCAUCUACAGAACACCAAAAAUACAAGGAGGAGUUUUACCAGGUGGCUACAAUUACCUGCAUGUUGCCAAACCAGGUUUAGAUAUUCCAUUAGCCACUCAGAAAGAACAGCCAGAUUAUGGAAAGGAGUACAUGACAGGUAGCCCAGGAGGUGAUCCGGAGUACUUCAGGAUCCAUAUCAACCAGUACAAUAAUGUAGAGACCCUGACAUGUUUGUCUAAACAGCCUUUUCCAAGUGAAAACUUCAUCUGCUUGUACGGACUGCAUGAAAGGUUUUUGAACAACAUGGUGUCUCGCUUUAAUGAAAAACUCAUUCCAGACUUCUAUGAGUUCUUUAAAGAGACCUGGAGCCUUGCCCUGUACCAUGACAGAUUCUCUGACUUCAGGGAUGAGGUUAGAGAGCUUCUGGUCACAAGCGCAGGUGUCGGAAUUGAUUCCAUUGAAGAUAAAGUCCGAGAGGUAGUGGAUGAAGAUGUCCCCAUGAAUGAGUCCCAGAAAAAGCAGUUGCUAGAAAUAUACGCGUCCAGUGGCUCAAAGCGAGCAGUUGAGACACGCCUCCUCAGUUUCCUAAGCUACAACUACUACCACCUCCCCAUGUAUGCCAAGCCUGGGAUGGUGUAACACAUCACCAUCAUAGACCACUAACAUUUCAAAAUCACUCCUUGAAUAAGAAAGGCACAGUGUGGAAGUGACUAUUUAUCCGUGGUGAUGAAAACCAUUCCAGCAAGAACAGAUUAUUUGAAAAUGCUUUACAAAAGCAAAAUUUUCUGCAUAUUGUAUAGUUAUACUGACAAACCGUCCAGACUUUUGUGAUAUAAUAAUUGUGCUAAGUUCAUAUAUAUUUAUUGAAGAAGAAUGUCACGUGUACAAUUCUCUGUUUUAAUUUGAAUAAA